AUGAGUCGGAGAAUAAAGUCAACAUACAGACCUAAAGAAAGAGUUUAUGAUCAAGGCUAUCCCAGGGCACUUGGGCCUGUGGUUUUCCAGCAGCCCGCUGAUAAGCAACCUGAACAAGAGGAGCCAGUAACUGAAAGUCAGGACAUUACACCUGAUCAAGAGAUACAGGAUGAAGGAGCAUCUUCAGUUCAAGUGCAAGGGUCUGCCCUGGAAGCUAAUCAACAGGAACUGGCUCAGCCAAAGACUGGGUGUGGGUGUGGAGAUGGUUCUGAUGUCAAGGGGAAGAGACUGCCAAAUCCAGAGCCCAUUAAAGAGCCAGAAGCAGGUAUGUUAUCUAUUACGCAUGCAAAUUAUAGGGUGUCGGUUUUCCACAAUAUUAUAUUUUUAAUAAUAUAA